AUGUGCUCUCCCUUCUCUCUAGAAGCUUCAGGCGCAUCUCAGGAAGCAUCUGGUGCUUCUCAGGGAGCAAAUUUGCAGGCGACGAGCAGGGGAAAGGAGUCAUGGAGGAUCGAUCUGAGGGCAGAGACUUCAAAGGCGAAUUUAACAAGACCUGUAGCUGGGACGCAGGAGAAGACUGUGAGGAAGAGGACCAAAGUGAAAAUCCACGAGAAGAAACAGAGUUUGCCUCUGAAACGGGUUGUGCUACCGGAAGAAGAUUUACAACGCACUCUGUUUGUCGAUGGCCUUGAUGAUAAUAUGACAUAUAAUAUUAUCAAGGAGACCUUCUCCAAGAUAGGCAGAACUGCCGGAGUCUUUGUGCAGAGAGGGAAGAAGAUGCACAGGCGCAGCAAGUUUGGGUUCGUGAGGUUUAUGACAAAAGCUGAUGCUCAAAAGGCCAUUCAGUCCCUAAACGGAACAAUGCCAAAAAAUGCAAGUCUCUCUUGCUAA